AUUUUGAAACCAGAAGUUGGUAUUUUUCUAUGCGUUGGUAGUGUAUGUUUUGCUUGUUGUUACAUUUGAAUGGAUUUGUAGCCAUGUCAAGUGAUCAUAUAAUCGGUCCUGCUUUACCACCGGGGUUACGAGCCGGCAGGAACGAUGAAUCAGAUGAAGACGACACGAUCAUAGGUCCAGCUCUUCCCCCUCUGUAUAAACGCACAGAGUCCUCAAGCUCAUCUAGUGAUCAGGAAGAAGUCGUGUUCAAGAGAGCCAAAUACUCAGGAUACAAAGGAGAGGCAGCUGAGAGGUGUGAGGAGGAGGAGGAGGAUGAUGAUGAUGGAUUCUUUGGUCCAGCUCUGCCUCCAGGAUACCAAAUGCAAGGCAGUUCACCUGAAAGGCUGCCUGUGCUGGGACCCGCGCUGCCUCCGGGCUUUAAAAGGAAGCAGAAUGAUGAUGAUGAGGAUGAGGAAGAGAGUGAAGAAGGAGGGAUUCUAGGACCGGCACUUCCUCCUGGAUACAAAGCGGAGUCUUCCAGCAGUGAGGGAGAGGACGGGGACGUGAUUGGGCCCAUGCCAUCCAAAGAGGAAGUUCAGAGUUCCGUGGCACUGGACUUUGAAAGAAGAGCGAAAAGGAUGAAGGACCGAUUACUGGGGCGCGAAGAUGAGACUGAGAAGCCUCAGAGGGAGAGCUGGAUGAUGGAGCUGCCUCCUGAGCUGCAGCAUGUCGGAUUAGAAGCACGAACCUUUAAGAAGAGAUCAGGACCCGAGAAUAAAGACCGCUCCAUCUGGACAGACACGCCCGCCGACCGAGAGCGCAAAGCCAGGGAGCGACAGGAAGCGAAAGAGAAAGGAGAGACGUCCAAAGACGACGGCCCUCGUCUCUCCAAGAAAGAUCUGGAAAUGGCAGAAAAAGUGUCCAAGUAUAACGAUUCCAAGAGAGGGGAGUCGCUCAUGACCAUACACGCCAAGAAAAUGAAGAGGAAAGCUGAGGAGGACUCGAACAAGCCGGUCGAGAGGAGGCCCUUCGACCGAGACGCCGACCUGCAGGUGAACCGUUUCGACGAGGCGCAAAAGAAAGCUCUGCUGAAGAAGAGUCAAGAGCUCAACACGCGCUUCUCACACAGCAAGGAUCGAAUGUUCCUCUGAGGAGCUUGUUACACCUAAAGUAAUGUUGUUUAAAAAAAAUCAUGGACACCAUUAAAUGUGCGGUUUGUAAAAGUCUAAAGUUAUCUCGUUUUACCAUAUAAUAUGAUAGAAUGCAUCAGAACAGUUAGGAAAUAUAAAACAGAAUUCUACACAUUGCCAAGUGAUGAUUCAUGCUGGAUUUCUGGCCCUGAAAAUUAGCUUUGCCCCAAAGCAAAUACAUGUUUUUACAGAAUAUAGACAGCAGCAUUCUGGAAACUUGAGCAUCGGGCCACCACGCUGAGUAGUAGUUUGAACAAUCAACCACAAAUGGUGACAACUGGAAACAUCUCCUGUCUGCUCUCAGAUUUCUCUGAACAUCAACAGGGUUUCAAACAUAAUGUCCUAAACAAGACAUACUUCCAGUUCUAUUAGUAUGAUAUUGUACAGGAUUGUCUUUACUCUGUAGUUUGGGUUUGGGAUUUUUUUUUUUUUUUUUUUUUUUUACCACAAGAGGAUGUGACGUCAAAUAUAAAAUUGUUUUUCCUGUGCUGUAUUUUCAUGCUUUUAUAAAGAUGAGAUUAAAAAUGAGAUUUCCUUGUUUCCUUAAUUUGAUCUCUAUCCAUACAUCUAUUUUCUGAGGCUUAUCUUACACAGGGUUACAUUUAACCUGCUGUUUUGUCCCAAGGAAAACCCAUUGAAAGCAAUAUCAUUUCUGGUCACAUUUUGGUGCUUUUGUGUCAAUUUUGUUGUUUAUUUAUUGAUGUAUUUUCUUUCAUAGGCGUGUGUUGUGAGUAUAAGUGAUUGACUCAUUAAUUACAGUUAUAAUACUUUCA